AUGGUUCCGACUUUGACCACCAGUAUUACUCAUGAGAUUUUAGAAACUACUGCACCCCACAUACUGACAUUAUUUGUCAAGGCGAAGCUCCUUCAUUUUCCUGACGAAAGAACAAAAAAUGCUAUUACAGGAGAUAAUGAAGUACUACAACCUACACCAAAAGGUGUAGCUAUUCUACAGAGAUUCUGUGAGAAAUUGGGACUUCUAUCAUCUCCAGAUAGGAUUCCAGAUAUCCUUAAUUCAAAUUUAAAUACCAUGGAUCUCAUCUGCUUUGAAAGAAAUCCCAUGACUGAUCGAAUCCUCCACAAUAGUUAUUGGGAUAAGUUACUCUUUAUUCAGAUGAUGGGUCCUAGAAUGAAUUUUUGGUCUCCGAAGAACCCACCGGAUGAAGUCCCAGAAAACACCAUUAGAAGAAUUGUGGAGAAUAAUACCGUAAGCCAAUUGGGUGCUUUUCCGGUCUAUGCUUAUGAUUAUGUGACUGGAAACGGUAGAGAGGAUAAGCAUAGGGACACGUUUUUUGAGUUUCUGAGGAAGGGAUCAUCUGCUGCAUCAUUUGGUGGUAAUUUAGUUACUCCACAAGGAUCUAUAGGUUCUUCUAAGAAAGAAGAGACCACAACCAGCAAGAAAUAUCCUUUCUUUCAUAGAUACUUUGCCAAUCCGGACUCGGAUUCUCACGUUCAGUACUAUGUGUCGAAUAGAGGGAUUCGUCUAUUUAAGGAUAAGAUAGUGGAAGGUCACGACAAGCCCAUUAAUUACUGCUUUUCUGGAAAGGCUAUGUUGCAAUAUCUCAUGGACUGUACAGAUCUAAUGUAUAGAGAGGAAGCCAUUGGAGUUGGAGACUCGUUUGCCAAACUGGGACUAAUGGAAAGGAUUUCUGCCAAUCCACAGAGAGGCAAUGUUUCUGAUUCUCGUCAUGAUCUAUAUAUGCUUAGUGAGAAAGGAGAACAGAUUUCCAAAUGGGGGAAUGAUGGUAACGGGGAAAGUAGUGAAGAUAUCAGUCUGAUUUCGAUGCCUUUGGGAAGAAAAGGAGGAAGCGAGAGUGAGCAAGAGGAAGAAGAAGACGACAGAUAUCUAAACCCCGGAAUAUCACAAUGUGGUGAGAGCAAUGUGAUUCGAGUGCCUUUGAAAGCGGUUCUUCAUGAUCCAGCACUGAAGUAUCUCUUCAGGCAACACCUUUGCCAAACCUACUGCAGUGAAAAUUUGGAUGCAUAUGAAGCAAUCUCUGAGUUCCAGACGAAGUUCCAACUUCUUCGUAAAAUGGUAAGAAUGAGGAAGGCAGAGAAAAUGAAAGCAGAUCAGGACAUUGCCAACACUUUGUCUCCUACUACAGUUCAAAGAAGACGACUAACAAUCAGAACUGCUAUUGACAGACUUUCGAAGGAAUGCUUGUCUAGAGUUUAUACAAUCUACAGCUCCUACUUGAUAGAUGGAGCGAUUAAUGAUUUGAAUAUUGACUCAAAAUUGAGAAGCAGUAUCCAGAAGAUAGUCAAUUCCAACAACCCGGAACAGAGUGUUCAGUGCAAUUGGAUGCAUGAAUUAGGUGACGAUAAAUCAGAGAACAGGCCUCCAGAACCACCAUCUUCAGGUUCCUCGACGGGUCCACCACCAGCAAUCACUAUUAAAGGACGGCAAGCCAUCUUAAAGCCCGCCGAGCUAUCUCCUUCUGAUUAUUUGACUGAACCAACACUGCAGACUCUCAAACAAAUUAUGAAGCAUUAUUCGAAGGUCAGGAAACAGGUGUAUAGCAUGAUGGAGCAGGAUUCGUUGCCAAAGUUCCUCAAUUCGUCUAAGUUCAAAGAGUCCGCCAACGCACUAGAGGAGAAGUGA